GUCCAUUCACACAUUCUGCCGGUCCACAGAAACAACUCUACUGUGGCCCUCGUCUUUCGACUGUCGUUGUGUGCCUCCUGUGAGUCUGUGCCUGCUGUGUGACUUCCCUCGUAUCCCCUACAAUGGGUACGAGGCAAAUCAGACAGCCGGUGACGACCCCCAGAAAGAACACUCAGACAUGACAAGGGUAUCUCCACACAGCACCCACACAGGUCCUCAGCAGGCAUGCCAAAAAGACAAGAAAGCUAUACACCCACCACACAGACGCCCAUCCCAUCCCAUCCCGCCUAUUUCUUCUUGCGUCUCUUCUGCGCCGCCUUCUUGACCUCCCUGCCGCCCACCUUGUUGCCCCUCUUGAGGUUGUCCCGCCGCACAGGAAUCACAGGCGCCUGCUGCUUGACCUUCUUCCCCCCCUCCCGCAGAGACCUCGGCAUCAUCAUGCCCUGCACAUCCACCGGCGGCGCAUCCAGGUCCAUCGCGUCAGCCGCAUCGGCCGUGUCCGUCUUGCCCUGCAGCUUCAUGGCGGCCUUCUCGAGAGAGGUCAUCUUCCGCCGGCCGCCGAUGAAGGCCUCGUGCGACUCUGGGUUGGCCUCCGAGCGGUAGUCAAUGGUGCGGACGGGGAGGUUCUGGGGGAACUGAGCGUCCGACGCAUCUGCAGGGGGGAGAGGGGGAGAGAAAGACAUGCAUCCAUCACGGCCAGGCCAUUGUGUGGUCUGGGUUGUCAGCCAGCUGAAUGGUCUGACUGACUUGGGAAGAGGAAUGCGUUUGCAGGUUUGGGGUCUUCGACAGGCACCCCAGCUGUCAGGCGCCGGACCUUCUCGGCCUCACGAGCUGCACGCGCCUCGCCGGUCACACCUGGACACAACCACACGCACAGAGACCGGUGGAUCUCUCUGUAUGGUUUGCUUGUGUGUCAUCCCCGCCUCGCUCCGCUCCUUACGCUCUGAUUUGGCGCGUUUGGCGGCUCUGAACCGCCGCUUGACCUUGGAACGGAUGGACUUCGCCAUGACGCAAUUACACGAUGAGAUUCCUCUCUCAAACCCAACACAAUCCCACACACACAAAGACCGCUUCAGCAAGGACUUCGAAGCUACACAGACUUCG